AUGGUGGAGGGCCCCGGCGUGUGUCAAAAAAUAAAAGAGAUCUUUGUGGGCGGGAAAAAGGGAAUCAAGGUUCAGCUCCCGCACAACGAGGGCAAGAGGAUCGAGAAGUUCAUAGAGCUCGAAAGGUCCGGGCAUCUCGGCGCUGGGACCUUCGGAACCGUGUGCAAGGGGAAGAGCAAGGGCACCGGGGUCAUCUACGCCGUGAAGUGCAUCCAGAAAGAGAGAUCGUGUGCAGUCAUACAGCGACACCAGCUCGAGCAGGAGAUUCGCAUCAUGACCAAGCUCGACCACCCUAACAUCAUCAAGCUGUUCGAGACAUUCCAGGACUCUCGGUAUGUAUACUUGGUGAUGGAGAUGUGCGAGGGCGGAGAGCUCUUUGACAGGAUCGUCGAGGAGAAGCAUCUCCCGGAGGCAGUGGCGGCGGAAGUGAUGCAACAGGUGUUCCAUGCGGUGCGCUACACUCACUCGAUGGACAUAGUGCACAAAGAUUUAAAGCCUCAGAAUUUGAUACUCCGUGCACGGUGGCGGAUUAAGGGCAACUGCGUGAAGGUGAUCGAUUACGGCAUAGCCGCCGAGUGGAAGGGGCGGAUGUUGAAGUUGAAGAGCGGGACACCUGAUUAUGAAGCUCCAGAGUUGGUUGCUCUGCGCGAGGGGCAGACCAACGAGGGAUACAAUAAGGAGGUGGACGUGUGGGCUUGUGGCGUGAUCUUGUACGUCAUGCUUUCUGGCAGUUUGCCUUUCGAGGGCAAAGACCCGCUCGAGACUGCGCAGAAGAUCAAGUCUGGUGAGCUGCACUGGAAAGGUUUCGACGGGGUGUCGGCAGACGCGAAGGAUCUCAUCGGGCAGCUGCUGGUUGUGAACCAACACGAGCGGGCCACAACGGAUGAUGCAUUGAAGCACACAUGGAUUCUGAAUAUGGCGCCGAACGCCAGUCCUGUGGGAUGUGCAGACGCUGUAAGGAACCUCCAGAGGUUCACCCACAUGAACAAACUACAGCAGGAAGCUCUCCACCUGGUGGCUAGGCGAAUGGAUGACCAAAAGAUGGAGCAGCUCCGUCAAAUUUUCGUGAAGUUUGACACCAAAGGGAAUGGCACCCUCAACCUCCUCGACCUGAAGGCCUGUCUGGCAGAGGCGGGCGUUACUGACACAGAGACUGUGCAAAGCUUAGCGCAGGCGCUCGACGCCGACAACAGCGGUUUCAUCGAUUACACCGAAUUCCUGGCCGCCUCUCUGGACCACAGACGCGCUUCGCAGGAGGCUGUGUGCUGGUCCGCAUUCCGGACGUUCGACCAAGAUGACGAUGGCAAGAUCUCCAGGAAGGAGCUCAGGGAGGUUCUGCAGGCACGAGACACGGAGCACCACUUGGAUGAGGAAACGAUCAACACCAUUCUGAAGGAUGUGGACGUUGAUGGCGACGGCUUCAUCGAUUUCAACGAGUUCAUGAAGAUGCUCAGAUGA